AUCAAAUUCAAACCCUUUAAUAUACCCUUGCGGCAGUCCUGUAAUCCCGUCUACUAUCUUUGGAAAUCCAUCUCCCACAGCGUGGCCCAACAUCCAAAAUUCGUACACUCCACAGUCACUCAAGGGCGUAGAACCGCAGAGGGCCAGAGGAACUAAUCGGAAAUAACUCAAAUCCCAACUCUUCGUCCGUCCGCCGCAGAGAAGAACUGAAGAAUCGCUAUUGCUGCAAACUCACGGUCGGCGCACGGACUCUAGCUGAGUAGGCGGAGUAGCAGCUAAUUUUCGUCUCUCAUCUUUCGACUGCCAUAGCGUGUAGUGCUCUGCGCGCUAUUGUCCCUCUUCGUCGCCUCACCGGAUUCUUGGGUGACCGUUGUCAAGGCUACUCAGCAAAGAAAAAUCUGUUUUGGCUCAGUUUGUGGAUUACACUUCAGAAAUCACCACUUAGGAGAUCAGCGAGAAGAUGGCUGUGACUGGAGUAUGGAGAAAUACUGGGGCUACGGAAGGUCCGAAGGUGAAAAUUGAGAAUGGCCGAUUGGCCGAAUCUCUGAAGGAGGGAGUGGGAGAGUGGCGGAUUGCAGAGGACCGGGCGUAAGGCUGAGUGGCGGUUUUGCUGCGUGCUGCGUUAAUUUUGGGCCUUUAGAAAAUUGGGCCAGUAAUACGGCUGAAAACUCAGUUUACUCUCAUCUUCUAGAAAAGUUCUAUAUGCAGCCCAUAUUUAAAAAGUGGUUCAAUGAGGGUGAAUAAAAUUGAUUUUUGCGGCCCAAAUGAAAAAAUAUACCAGCAUUAGUCUCUUCUCGUCGCCCGUCGUCUUUCUCAAAGCAGCAAAGUAGUACUCCGGACUCUGUAUCUUCCUCUUUAACAGUUCAGCACGACCGAUGAGGCGACAACCAUUCUUCUUCAACAGCGCGUGUGCACCAGUUACUAGCAUUUGCCGCACCGCUGCGAACUUCCGCCAGCUACAGCGCGCUGCCCUGCCGUCUACCGCUCCUGCACGCUGGGAAACUCCGAGUUCUGUCUGUACGGAUACUGCUUAGCUAGAGUAAUAAAAGCUAAUUAAGGUAGGUUUGAAGAGAUAUUAUAAAUCUAUUGAAGUAGAAGCUAAUGAAGAUGGUUCACUAAGAAUGGUAUUGGCCUCCCGUAGAUCUAGUUGAAGAAACUUCAAAAAGACUAUAUAAACCCGUUGAGAAAAAAGAUAUCUUCUUGAAAAUUGACCGUGAUCAAGUGAAGUCAUUAUCAAGUGAUAUCACUUUAUGAAAGUCCGUAGAGAACAAGUAUGAAUUCUUUAUGUGUUUUUUUAUUUGCCUGGGAUGAAAACUCUUAUUCUUGUAAAACAUUUGAAACAUUUUUUUGAUUUUACUUUUAUUUAUUCAAUUGUAGUUAUACGUAGUAUCAUUUACUAUGUAUAUGAAAUAUGAAAUAUUUGGCCCCACCUAGAUUGAAAUGCUAGAUCCGCCCCAGACCAUAAUAUCACAACUUUGAAUUAUGGUGGUUUAUUCAUUUCGUGCUACGAUUCUGAUUUUGUUUCUAAGUUUCCAAAUAUUUUAAUAUUUCAAGUUUGAGUUUAAACACAUCGUUUAUCACCCAGUUUAAAAUGUAUGAUUAUGAGAUUAUCUAAAACCCAACCCUGUUCAACAAAAUAAAUUCAUUAAACAACCCGAUUGAUGCCGGUUGGUGUCCAUAACGUGUGUGGAAUUGUGGUCAUAGUAGAUUUUGUCAUCACUAAAUUGCCCACCCCAACAUAGGUUAUAAGGAUCUCAGGAUAGGUGAAUAUCUAGUUCCAUGACAAAUUAUUGAUGUCGCUGAUAUGCACCAUAUCUAAAUUAGGUGUGCCAACUUAUUAUGUGCUCAAAGAGUGCCCUUUAAAUAACGCAGGAGUAGGAGUGACUAUUAUAUAUGAUCCGGUACUUGCAUUGAACUGUUCCCGGUAAACUGUGAAAACCACAUUGACCAAGUAGAGAUUACUAGAUGGGAGUAAAAUAACUAUUAUAUUUUAAUUUUAAUGGGUAAUGGGGUGGUUAGGGUUUCUUGGGUGGUUGGGGUUUCGUAAUUUCCUAAACUCGUUCCUUGCAAAAAUUCAGAUAAGGCCGUCACAUCAGCAGUUUUUAUCCCUUUUUUCCGUCUGGAACUAGUCCUUUAUUGAAUAUCGAUAUAACCUAGCUGUCUUUUCGCAAUUUCCUUUCUAGGUCACUUUUGUUUUAGUUUUAUAUAUUGGGGUGUUUACAACUGAUUUUUAAAACAUAUUUAAAGCUGCUUGAGUAGUUGAGUAUUUGGAUAUAAAUUUGGGGAAGUUUGGGGUGUAGCUCCCAAAAAGGGAUUCUGAUUGUAUAUUUUUUAGUAUACAAUCUGGAAAAUUGAUAUCUGAAUUUUUGAUUAUAUUCUUAAACAGAAUCAGAAGCAGAAUUACCCUCAUGGUUCCUCUCUUGGUCCUUCCUUUUUAAGGUCGUUACAUUUUUAUAAGCCGAAGAUAUUUGAAUCUCUACCUCGAUGGUGAAGUCUAAGACCCAAUCAAAGAAGCAGCAAAAGCGUGGUGUCGAUUUUAAAAAAAUCAAAAGAAAAGUUGGCAGAAAAUUGCCUCCCCCAAAGAACUCUACAAACACAGAAAUCAAAUCCAAAGCCAUUGUGCUUCCCGAGCAGAGUGUAUCUUUGGAGAAAGCAGGUUUAGCUGUGAGUAAGAAAGGAUUAACUCUGAAGGAGCUUCUUCAACAAACAAGUCAUCAUAAUGCUAAAGUCCGUAAAGAUGCAUUGGUUGGAGUCAAGGAUAUAUUUCUUAAAUACCCAAUUGAAUUAAAGCUUCACAAACUUGCUGUUAUAGAGAAACUGCGUGAACGUAUCAGCGAUGAUGAUAAGUUGGUCCGUGAAACGCUAUAUCAACUGUUUAAGUCGGUGAUCCUACCCGGAUGCAAAGAGGAUGUCAAGGGGGCUUUUAUUUCCUUGAUAAUGGUGUACAUUUUGAGCGCAAUGACAAGCCUAGCAGUAGACGUGAGACUAAUGGCUUUCAAAUUUUUUGACCUUGUCAUCCAAAGUUAUCCCUCUUCAUUUUCCCUUUACUCUGAAAAGAUCCUUCAAAAUUAUGGAGACAUUUUGCAGAAGAACACAUAUCACCUACAUGAUAAAGGAAAGCUUAAGAUUGCUCUUUCUGGGUUGGUGCACUGCUUAUCAUUGCUGCCUUUCAAAAACAGAAGUGCAGGUCUCUCAGCAGAUAAGAAUGAUUCUCUCAUUCAAGUGACGUUGCAUGCUUUUAUUCCUGACAUGUCAAGUCACUCCUCUGGGAUUUCAAGCUCUGGUGUCGUGGAGAAAUUGAUGAAACUGUUACCUGCUCUUGUUGGUUGUUUUCAGGACUUCAUUCCCUUAUUUCAUACUACGGCCCAAGUAGACACUCAAUCGUAUGAUUGCAUGCUACUUAUACUUCAAAACAUAGAUCUUCUCGUCAGAUUUUUUAUUGAAGCCUCUGAUAAGAAGAGUCAAGAAGACUUGAGAAAUGAACUUCCUAGUAGCCACAAUUGGGCUCACAGCAUUUCUUCGUCGGUUCUAAAGAAGCUUUGGGAUGAAUUUCCUUUUAACACUGGUCAUGGCCUCUUAGAGAAGGGCAAUGAUCGUUAUUUCAUGUUGAAUAUUGUAAUUACAGAAAUAUUUUUGAAGUUGAGUAAUGUGAAUCAACAACCCCCUGCAAUGAUGGAGAAGUUUCUGGAGUUCAUUGAAAGUUCAUUUUGUGGAAAGUUUUGCCACCGCAAGGAGUCUGGUAAAGUAAUAAUUCAUGAAAAGCAAUUGCUUGCGUUGGUGUCAUUCAUUCCAGAACUUGUUACACUUUUGUCUGGUGGUUUUUGGAAGUAUCGCAUUCUUCAGGCUUUCUCUAAUACUUUCAAGAUUUGCAGUCCAGAGUCCUCAAUGAAAUUAGCUUGCCUUUCUGCAAUUGAAGAAAUGAUGUUCUCUGACAAAGAUGGUUACUUAGAUACAAGUGAUUCUGAAAUGCUAGCUUAUCAAUUUUCUUGGAUAAAGGAGCUCCCUUCGCUGCUUAUUGUUUUAGGUGAUAAACAUCCAUUAACUUCUAAGACAGUGUUGCGUCUUCAACUUCGCAUAGGACAAACAGCUCAUUUAGAUUCUACAUUUGCAAAGGAAUAUGAUGAUAUGCAGUAUAUACUAAGUAGUUUUUAUAGCACAACCCUUGGUGAAGGAGGUAUUGCAUAUGGUCCUUUCAUGACACUGUCAAAAGACAUUCAAGAGCUUUCACUUUGUUGCCUAUAUUACUUCUCUUCCCUAGACACGAUGAUUCUUAAGUCAUUAGUUCUAUGCUGCCUUUCUCAUGAUCUGGAACCAUUUUUACUUCUUCGCAUUUUAGAAAUUCUCCACACAGCUUCUAAAGCUGGACGUAUCCAAAUUGCAGAUUACAUUAGUUUUUUAAUCACGUUGGUUUCACGUUUCCGUAGUUAUCCUGAGAAAAUCCGUUCUUUAGAGGAUGGAAAAUCAAUCCAUGGAGCCUUUCAACCGGUUAUAAGUGCAGUUUGCUCUUGUUUGUCACAUAUCGGUGAUAACCGUCUUAUUUUCCAGAUGGUGGAGAAAGUAAUAAUUGAUCAGAUUUAUCUUAGCCCUCCGAUAGAUAACAUGAAUGCUCUUCUAAGGAUUCUUACCACAAUAGACACAGUUCCAACAAGACUUUCGGGACAUAGUAUUGACAAGCUUUGCCAUGUUCUUCCAAAAUAUUUAUUACUAGUUGCAUCGGAUCUUCCAGAAGAAGUUAACAAGCAGAAUUCGAUCUUGAGUUUGAAGAAAAGUCAGUAUUACCUUCUUCCUUGCUUCUUUCUAUUCCAUAGAAGCAGUAGACUGUUAAGUGAUGUUCUGAAAGGGCUGGGAUCAUUGUUGGCUGUAAAUGGUUCUCCGACUUUGUCUCGACAAGAUAUUGAAUUCGUUCCAGCAAUAAUCAACCACAAAAGCAGUCUUGUGUCAAGUGUGGUGUCUCUUCUCCUGCUUCUGCUUACCGAUACUAGAAUGAGGCGAUUGCUCUCUUCAUGCAAGGCUGAGAUUGAGAUCAUCUCGCAAUGUCUAGCUGCUCGUCUGUCUCCAGAUUCCAGUAACAUGAGUCUAGAAGAAAGGCACGAAGUACAGAGAGCUUACGAUAAGCUAAAAAACGCGACUGCUGUUCUUCUAGCUUAGCCAUUCCAACCUAAUCAGGAUGUAACGUGUUCCUACACCAAAUAUGUUAGCUUUUUUGAACUGUUUUAAUUUAUUAUUCAUAAAUAUAGUUAAAAGUAUUGAGAAAUGAGAAUCCAGAUUGUAAUAUACAAUGUUUUACACCGGUGUAAAAUAGAGAGGAAAAAAACAUUUUUUUUGGAAGAAAUAAUUAAUUCCACGUUAUGGCUUGUGGGAAAAAAAUGUGAUGCAAGUGCAAUGUACGGUUUUAUUU